CACACACCGCCUAGAACCCAUUUCACAAUAAACGGAUAAGGCGACAAACAAUUUUGAUCAACUCAGUGCACAACGUUUAUUUCCCCACAUCGCAAUGAAAUGAGGGGAGCAUGGGGGCCAAAGAGUCGAGGAUAGGAUUCCUGUCGUAUGACGAGGCCGUCAAGAGAGUCACGGAUGUGGAAUUGAAGCGGCUGAAAGAUGCCUUCAAGAGAACCAGCGGCAUCACAUAUUACAUGACUCAGCAGUGCUUCUACAGGGAAGUGCUUGGAGAUGGAGUUCCCCAUAAAGUUGCAGAGGUGAUCUACACCUCUUUUGGAGGUUCAUCUAAAGGGCUGCACUUCAACAAUCUGAUCGUGGGUCUUGUGCUUCUGACCAGAGGACGCGAUGAGGAGAAGGCCAAGUACCUCUUCAGCCUGUUUGCCAGUGAUCUGGGUGGAUAUGCUGCGAGGGAAGAUAUAGAAGCAGUUCUGCAGGUCCUCGAUGGAGAAGUCCCGGCCUCCCUGAAGAAGUGCUUCAGUGAUGGUGACAAGGUGAACUAUGAGCGCUUCAGGAACUGGCUUCUACAGAACAAGGAGGCCUUCACUUUAUCCAGAUGGCUUCUGUCUGGAGGAGUGUGUGUCACGCUCACAGAUGACAGCGACACGCCCACCUUCUACCAGACCCUGGCUGGCGUCACACACUUGGAGGAGUCAGACAUUAUAGACUUGGAGAAACGCUACUGGCUCCUGAAAGCCCAGUCCAGAACCGGCCGCUUUGACUUGGAAACCUUUGUCCCACUGGUGUCUCCUCCCAUCCAUGCCUCACUGAGUGAAGGCUUGUUUCACGCCUUCGAUGAGAAUCGGGACAAUCACAUCGACUUUAAAGAGAUAUCAUGUGGACUCUCUGCGUGCUGCAGGGGGCCCAUUGCUGAAAGGCAGAAGUUUUGCUUCAAAGUGUUUGAUGUGGACCGUGAUGGGGUUCUGUCUCGAGAUGAGCUCCAUGAAAUGGUGGUGGCCUUGCUGGAGGUGUGGAAGGACAAUCGCAUAGACACGCUCCCUGAGCUGCACAGUAGCGUGUCAGACAUAGUCGAGGACAUCCUGAAGAUGCAUGACACAACCAAGCUGGGUCACCUGACCCUGGAAGACUACCAGAUUUGGAGUGUGAAGAGUGCUUUGGCCAAUGAGUUCCUAAACCUGCUUUUCCAGGUGUGCCACAUAGUCCUGGGGCUCAGGCCUGGCAGUCCUGAGGAGGAGGGGCAGAUCAUCAGAGGGUGGUUAGAGAGGGAGAGCAGACAUGGACUGCAGCAAGGUCAGAACUGGUUCCUCAUCUCUAUGCUGUGGUGGCAGCAGUGGAAGGACUACGUUAAAUAUGGCAGUCCCUGCUGUUGUCUCCCUGUCCAGGAGCAUAAGGGCAUCGUGGUGGAGCAGCCGUCCAUCCUGAGCUCACUGCGAACUCCGAUGGCUACAACCACUAUAGAGCCCAUCCCACCAGACAGACUGGGAACCUUCAGCCCGGUCAGCCCCACUGAGGAGAGGUCACCUGAUGCUGUGUCCAGCGCCUCGGAGGCCACAGAGACGGCAGCCCUGAGCCCCCAGGUAGCGCCCUCUGCUACAGACAGCUGUUUUGCCCGUCAGCACAACGUGUCGGACAACAACAAUCAGUGCUUUUCUGGAGCCAAUGGCCACCUUCCCUCCCAGCUGGUGGCACAAAGACCUGGAUCCAUCGACAACCAGCCUUUGGUCAAUACUGACCCCAUGAAGGCCCCUACGUUAACCAUGGAGGGUGGCAGGCUGAAGCGCUCCUUGCAGCUGGUGCCUGGGAGAGACUUUGAGACAGUGCCAGAGCCGGUGUGGAGGGCUCUCUACCAUUGGUACGGUGCCAACCUCAGCCUGCCGCGACCGGUCAUCCUAGAGAGUAAGAAAGGCCAUGCAGAGCUGGAGCUCUUCCCGCGUUACCUCCUCUUCCUCCGCCAGCAGCCGGCGACACGCUCCCCCCAGUCCAACAUCUGGGUCAACAUGGGUAUGACCAGCCUGCGAAUGUUCCCACCGUAUUUACCCCCACCAAGAGCAGGUAACGUGCCAUCCCCCAACGCUCCCCUGAAGAGGGUGUUGGCCUACACGGGCUGCUUCAGCCGCAUGGCCACCAUCAAAGACAUCCACCUCUACCUGUCCCAGAGACUCCGCAUCAAGGAGGAGGACAUGAGACUCUGGCUCUACAACAGUGAGAACUACCUCACCCUCCUGGACGAUGAAGAUCACACACUGGAAAGCCUGAAAAUCUAUGAUGAGCAGCAGCUAGUGAUUGAAGUCAGGAACAAAGACAUGAGCUGGCCUGAGGAAAUGUCUUUCAUUGCCAACAGUAGUAAGAUGGACAGACACAAAGUUCCCACAGAGAAAGGAGCCACUGGCCUCAGUAACCUUGGCAACACCUGCUUCAUGAACUCCAGUAUCCAGUGUGUGAGCAACACCAAGCCCCUCACGGACUACUUCAUCUCAGGGAGACACCUCUAUGAGCUCAACAGAACCAACCCCAUCGGGAUGCGAGGUCACAUGGCCAAGUGUUAUGGGGACCUGGUGAUGGAGCUAUGGAGCGGGACACAGAAGAACGUGGCUCCACUCAAACUCAGGUGGACAAUAGCAAAGUAUGCCCCACGCUUUAAUGGCUUCCAGCAGCAGGACUCCCAAGAGCUGCUCGCCUUCCUGCUGGACGGUCUCCAUGAAGAUCUCAACAGAGUCCAUGAGAAACCCUAUGUGGAGCUGAAGGACAGCGAUAGCCGGCCUGACUGGGAGGUGGCUUCUGAGGCAUGGGAGAACCACCUGCGUAGGAACCGCUCCAUCGUGGUGGAUCUGUUCCACGGUCAGCUCAAGUCCCAGGUGAAGUGUAAGACGUGCGGACACAUCAGCGCUCGCUUCGACCCCUUCAACUUCCUGUCUCUGCCCCUGCCCAUGGACAGCUCCAUGCAUCUAGAGAUCACCGUCAUUAAACUGGAUGGCUCCACACCUGUGCGCUACGGCCUGCGCUUGAAUAUGGAUGAAAAGUACACAGGGCUGAAGAAACAGCUGAGCGAACUGUGCAGUCUGAAGCCGGAGCAAAUCCUUCUGGCUGAGGUCCAUACCUCCAACAUCAAGAAUUUUCCGCAGGACAACCACAAGGUCCGUCUGUCUGUUAACUGCUUCCUGUGUGCAUUUGAGAUCCCGGUGCCAGGUUCACCAACGUCACUGAGCUCGCCCACACUGACAGACAUAACCCCGAUAGCCAACGGCUCGGCUGCAAGUGAGGACCUGGACAAUAACCCCGUCCUCAUCCCCAACGGUGGGCUCGACACCAUUGUGCCCUGUAACCCAGAGAUGUCCCUGGCCAACGGGGUUGCCAACGGACACAUCACACCGGUGCAGGAGAGCCCCUUCAUUGGAUACAUCAUAGCCAUGCACAGAAAGAUGAUGCGUACGGAGCUGUACUUCCUGUCAUCUCAGAAGAAUCGGGCCAGUCUGUUCGGCAUGCCGCUCAUAGUUCCCUGCACCGUCCACACCAGUAAGAAGGAUCUGUACGAUGCCGUCUGGAUCCAAGUGUCCCGACUGGCCAGCCCUCUGCCCCCACAGGAGGCCAGCAACCACGCCCAGGACUGUGAUGACAGUAUGGGCUACCAGUACCCCUUUACUUUACGGGUUGUGGGUAAGGAUGGCAACUCGUGUGCCUGGUGUCCAUGGUACAGGUUCUGUCGAGGCUGUACUAUAGAGUGUGCAGAGGACCGGGCCUCUGUAGGAAAUGCUUAUAUAGCUGUGGACUGGGACCCCACUGCCCUGCACCUCCGCUACCAGACCUCCCAGGAGAGGAUUGUUGAGGAGCACUGCAGUGUAGAGCAGUCCCGUCGGGCCCAGGCUGAGCCCAUCAGCUUGGACAGCUGUCUGAAAGCCUUCACCAGUGAGGAAGAGCUGGGUGAGGAUGAGCUCUACUACUGCUCCAAGUGCAAGACACACCGACUGGCCACUAAGAAGCUGGACCUCUGGAGGCUGCCGCCCAUGCUGAUUGUCCACCUGAAGCGCUUCCAGUUUGUAAAUGGCCGUUGGAUCAAAUCCCAGAAGAUUGUCAAAUUCCCGAGGGUGAAUUUUGACCCCAGCGCCUUCCUGGCUCCCAGAGACCUGGAGCAGCACUGCCUCCACUCCCGCAGUGAGAGCGAGGAUCUGCUCAGGGUCGGAGAAGACAACCUGUCCUCCAUCUCUGCCCCUGCUGGCUUCUGCAACCUCCCUAAAGCCUCCCCUGCCUCGAGCAGGAAGUCUGCGCCUUCUCUCAGCCGGACCAGCAGCCCCUCUGGCAGCCCAAAGACUGGCAGUGGAGGGCGCAGGCCCGGCCGGCUUCGCCUGCCCCAGCUGGGCAGCAGACACCGCCUCUCUAAUAGCAAGGAGAACCUGGAUGCUAAUCCUGAUGCUGAGCAGCCAGACACAGAGGGGAACACAGCAGCAUCGGGCCUCCCUGGAUCAGGAGAGGCGAUCACGUCGGAGGGAUCGUGCAGUACUGAGGCGUCCAGCAGCCACUGUGACGUAGUCCUGGUGAAUGGUGACAGCAACGGGCUGAUCUUAGACUGCAGCACAGAGAGCUGCAUGGACCCUGACAACUCCCUGCUCCAGCACAGAGACAACAUGUGUAUGGAUGCCAUCUACAACCUCUAUGCAAUAUCAUGCCAUUCAGGAAUCAUGGGAGGAGGCCACUAUGUGACAUAUGCCAAAAACCCCAAAGAGAAAUGGUACUGUUACAAUGACAGCAGCUGUAAGGAAGUGCACUCUGAGGAGAUCGACACUGACUCGGCCUACAUCCUCUUCUACGAGCAACAGGGAGUCGACUACUCCCAGUUCCUGCCAAAGAUUGAUGGCAAGAAGAUGGCCGACACCAGUAGCAUGGAUGAAGACUUUGAGUCCGACUACAAGAAAUACUGUGUGCUCCAGUGAUCGCACCUCGUCUUCCAUCAGCCAGCACUACACCUGCUCUGUGCUCCUGCCUGCUGCUCUGAGCAGGAAGCACCAGUCUUUCAGAUCUUUCUGAAGAAUUCUCACAACAGCUAAUGACUAGAGUCGGACUGUGCUCUUAGUCUUUAGGAAUGCGUCGCACUUUCUACACUUGAUCGCAAACAUAUUUUAGUGCAAAGGUUUGCCAAGACAACAAUGAAGCCCUGGUGAAAGCACUAAACUGGUGCACUUUGCUGAGCCCGACAAAACAAACCCCCCCACCCCCCCUCAUGUGAACAACCCUCGCCAUAACAAACAUGUAACAUAUACUUGCAUACUAACACAUCUCUGAAUGUAUGCCAGUAUGGCCAAGUCAUGAAGUGAUGUUGCUUUGUUAAUGUGCAUUCAUCACUGAUGUCAAAAUGAAAAAACAAACAUGACUCCUGGGGUCAUCAUGGGAUCUGAGCCGGAGAAGGAAAUCAAUGAGGCCAAACUAUGAAGUCCAGGUGUAACUGCAAAGCCAAUGAUUGGAUACAGGUUGAGUUUUAAAUGCCAAGUGUAAACAGACCCAAGAGUUAAAGAACCUGUGUUAAUGUCAUAUUUGAUGCCACAAAUCAACGUGAUGUUGACAUUUGGUAUCUGGUAUCUUGGAUACUGUGACAAGCUUUUUGGACGAAAAAAAAGAAACCGGUUUUAUUAGCCAUAGUGUGACUAGGGAAAACGUAAUCAUAUGCUACCUCAUCGCUUCCCACAGUCUGUCGGCCAGCCGUACCCUAAAGGUUUGUGACAGUGUUAAUUAUUAGAAAUAAAAUGCUUCCUUACAUUCAUGGUACACCCAUUUCAGCCCGCGCCCCCUCCACCCUAAAAAAGAAAUCUCCCCUCAGUCUAGGACACUCACAGGUCCUGAUGUGGACAACAAAAUUAGGCGUCUUUACUAAACUGUUUUAUUCCACAGCUGCCAAAUAUCAGUGGUGAUUUGUGCAAUGUUGACCUCUGAGUCCCCAUAACUUCUUUGAAACUCAAAAAGCUUGAGAUUUCAACCUGGGUUUGUUCAGGACCGGUGCCAUGAUUUCAAAAUAGACUCGCUUAAAGAAUAAUAUACAGUAUAUGUUUUGGGAUUCUGUAAAUGCGUUGUUUUAUAAAAGAUUUAUUUUAUUGUUGUGAUUUUUUCUUCUUAAGGCAGGCUUCAGUAGCUACUUCAGGUUAGGAUUGGAUAUUUUUUGUCAAAGCUACACCAGCGGCAUCCGGCCCGUCUUCACAGCGCUCUCGCAACAUGAACUCUGCUGCAGUUCAACUGCUGAGAUUCAAACUCAUCUGGAAUACUAAUGUUCGUAUGUCCCCCAAUAACAAAGCAGAACAACCUGGGACAUUGGAAAUCACUUUAUUGUAGUUACAAAAUGAUUUUACCUGUCAUUAUAUUAUUUAAAGAGUAACUUAAAAGAGUACGCCACCGAUUUAGCAUUGCACUCCUACAACAUUGUCAGAUCCACAAAGGCCAGUAUAAAAGAAAGAUGAUCAAAACUGAUGCUGCAGAAAGGGUAUCUUCUUUUUUUAUUCCACAGAUUCAUCUCUCGUCAAUACCUGGCGCCUACGUUGCCCACAAUCCAACUCGUCCACCUACAAGUCGGUGGGACAUUCAAGUGUUUAUGCUUGUAGAGGUUAAACGGCUACAGAGGUCUGGUAAUCGACACACCCCGAGAUUUGUUUUAUUUUCAGACUUGCCGUCUUCAGUGCCAACAAAAGUGACACCACGUGAGGGCAUUUAUCAGACUUCACUCUCUGGUUGAACGUUUCACGCCGUCUCUGGUGCUCCUGUAACCACCCAGCUGUGAUGUCACAGUGUCCCGCAGUACAACUGUACUUCACUGCAGCAAGCACAGAAGUGACACCACGGUCGCCAAAAACCACAUUUUCAGGGGAUGAUUAGACAUCUGUGUGCCAUAAAUGGUCACCUGCCCCUUGUGGUGAACUUGAUUUUCAAGAUGGCCCCCUUCUAAAUAUCCGUUGAAGCUUCAGUAACACUUUACAUUUCACGUGUCUCAAAGCAGGCAGAUCCCUCUGGGGUCCCAAAGCCAAUUGGAUAAAUUGCAAAUGUUUUGGUAAUAUGCACCUUUAAAGCCUUCAUUUAUACCAAAUCCUAUGGCCCUGUAUUGUUAGGGGCCAUUGUGUCAAAAUCUAGUUAUAGUGCUUUUAGUAUUCUACAUUAACCAUAACUUAAUUUGUAAAAUACAAUGAAUACAAUGGGGAGGUGUACACAGCCCGUUUCUGCCCUGUAGCCCCCAAGUGGGUGACUUUGGCCCUAACGGGUACCAUAGACCCAAUCAUUAAAUACAAACAAAGUUAUAUGGAACUGUAAAGUCAUUGCAAGAUUUCUACAAAGAAUGGCAUCAUUUGAUGCUAAUGAGAGUGGAACAGUGUUCUGUUGAUACACUUCAAAUACAUUAAUUCCAGUAAAUUGCUAGUGAACAUUUGGCAACAGGUAAGCAUGCAUUUAACAAUGCAUGGAGAAUACAGUAUUAGAUUGAUAAUGCAUAAAUAUGUAUUUCAUUUUACAUUUGGUUUGUUUUAAGUUCAUUUCUUUUAGGAAUCAAGAAAUGCUGAAAAGCUAUUGGUAAAAUUAAAACCCGUACAAUCUACCAAAACUUCUGUCCCAAUAAGCCCACCAACAUCAAAUGGUUUCAGUUACUGUGCUUUAUUCUUCACAAGACAUGAAAGCAUGUCAGAUCUGUAAAAACUUCACACAUCAGUGGAUCCAACAUUUACAUUAUAUUUUAUUUUCUGUGUCCAAAUUCUGUUCCUCCUUUUUCAUAUCUGAAGGUUUGGCUACUUGAUGUGACGGAGGUUAGUUUGAGAAGUGUUGCAGUGUGUCCGGUGUGUAGCAGCAUGUGUGGAGCUCCUCCUGAGCCGGGCUCGGUCUAAUCACUGUGAACAGACAGCAGUCAGUCAGCGGUUUCCCCCUUUGUCUUCGAGAUCACAGGAGAUCUGUGUUCACUCCUUUUUAGCUGCUGUAUUUAUGAGGCGAAGGCGUCUUCAUGGAUGUAUUUGGAGAGAUAUCCGUCACUGAAUUGAUCUUUAUUUUCCUUUGCCGAGUACGUUUGUUGAACAAAUGGAAAUGUACAGAUGAGUGCUAUUUAUGUUUGCUUGCUCAGCUGUUUUUGUCCUCCACCCACCUGCCUUUGCACCGAGCUGUAGAUGAUGUCCAGUGUGUGUCGGUGUUUGAAACGUCAUCACAUGGCUCAAAGGGAACGUUUUCCUGAGGAUUAGUCUCUUGAGAAUCCAGUUUGUAAUGUUUGCUUCAUUUCAAGGUGCAAUAGAUGUCAAGUUUUUUUGUGGCUGUGAAUGUUCCAACAAAUGACUACUUGUGUGACGCUACGCUUACCACACCUGUAGCUUCAACUGUAUUAGCAAAAACACAAAUGGAGUUCAUGUCAGCACAGUUUCCGUAAUCCAGGAACAAAGAUUUUGUGCCCAAAAGAACUGAACUUUAACUCUGAAAUUGGGCAAACAUGGAUCUCGUUAACAACGGAAAUAAUAUCUUAAGCCACUCCCCAUCUCCAGAAGCCCCGCCCGUCUGGCCCCACCCCCCAGAAGAGUAGUUCUGAGUGUUGGCAGGCGGUGCAAUCUACUACUGAGCUUUCUGUCAGUGUCUGUAGCCUCUUUUUAUUUAAGUUCACUUCUGUUGGAUCUGAACCACACGUGUUAAUUUAAAGAACUUUUUUGUAAGGUGUUUGUUGAAAGAAAGUGAUGUUGCACUGACAUGAAAACAUGUACAUAAAAAAAAUGUGUUUUGUAAAUAAGCCAAUGAAAACUAUGUAUUUGAAUAUGAACUGUACAAAAUACUGUACUUGUAGUUGUAUAUGGAGUGAUACCGUUGAUCUGUAACAAAAUACCCAAGCAACAAAUUAAAUUCUGCAGAUGAAACACCAGA